AUGAGUGGAUCAAGAGCCAAACAUAAUUUUGCCAAAGAAUGUGAAGAUGCAAUCAAUAAACAAAUCAAUGUGGAACUACAGGCUGCUUAUGAUUAUAUGGCAUUCUUCACUUAUUUCGAUCGAGAUGAUGUGUCAUUUCCGAAAGCAGCUGAAUUCUUUCGAAAAGCUUCACAUGAAGAACGUGAACAUGCAGAGAAAUUGGCCAAAUAUCAGAACAAACGUGGUGGUCGUGUUCAAUACAGUGAUAUCAAGUGUCCAACUAAGACAGAAUUCAGUGGUUUGGAGGAUGCGAUGAACACUGCAUUGUCGAUGGAGAAGGCAGUGAAUGAGUCAUUAUUGAAACUUCAUGAAAUCGCUGUGAAGAACAAUGAUCCAGCACUGACUGAUUUCAUUGAGAGUCAGUAUUUGCAUGAACAAGAAGAUGCAAUCAAACAAUUUGCUGACUAUGUGACAGAGACAGAUCGAGUUGGAAGUGGACUUGAUACAUCAUUACCUUCUAAUCAAAUUAAAAUGUUUCCAGAUAACAUUGUAAGUUUAAAUUUUCCAUCAUUUUUACCUUAUUCAUCAACAUUUGCAUUAUUUAAUGAACUUAAAACAAAACUUAAACAUAACUCUCAUAUUAUACAAAACAAUAAUUUACAAUCAACUGAGAUCAAUCGUUCAUUAUCUCAAGAAGUUUAUAAAGACAAUAUAUCCUUAUGUUCAAAUUCUAUGAUCAAUAAUUCGAGUAGUUGUCAUAUUGAUUUUGAUGAUACCCAAACAAUAACUCCAAAUGAUGAUCAUAUUCAUCAUAAUAGUAAUAAUGAAAGUAAAGAUCCUAAUGAUAACAAUGAAGAGUUUUCAUUGAAACUUGAAAAUUUUGGUAAUAUUUUUAAAAAUUCAUUCAUUCCUCCAUAUUAUUCUAUACAGAAAAAUAAUCAUUUAACAUAUCAACAUAAUUCUCUAUUACUUAAAAAUAAUCAAUAUCCAUUACAUAUUAAUAAUAAUAGGCAAUCAAAUCAUUAUCAUUCUAGAUCAAUGUUAGAGAAUUCAUCAAUAAAAUUAGAAACAGGGAACAUUAAUGAUAGCAUAGUAACUAAAAAGGAUAAUACAAAUACACAAAUCACAAUGAAUAAUAUUCAUAAUGAUGAUAUCAAUGAACAAUUAAAACGUUAUCGUACUAGUUAUACACAAAAACAAAUUGAAUUAUUAGAAAAAACUUAUCAGUUAGAUCGUUAUAUUAAUCGACCACAAAGAGCUAAAUUAUCAGUUGAAUUAGAUUUACCAGAGAAUAAAAUUAAAGUUUGGUUUCAAAACCGGCGAAUGAAAGAGAAACGUCAAGCUCUAAUGCUACCAACUGUUGCAGGUAAAGAUCCUUAUUUAAGAGAAACUCUUUUAAAAGUUACACAACUAUAUUGUGCAACACGAUAUGGAAAUGAAUCUCCUAAUAUAGAUAUAACAAAAUUUCAAUCAAAAGUUUCACAAAAUAGAAAUGUUUCUAAUGAACUACGCAAACGAAUAAGAACAUCAUUGAAUCCAACCACAAUAACAUCUGUAUUAUCUAAUAAAAACAAUCACAAUAAUUGUAAAUCAAACAAACCAUCGGAAAAAGAAUCUAAUCUAAUAACUAACAAACAUAAUAUAAUUCAUAAACAAAAUGAGGUUAAUCAGUCAAAUAUAUACCUUAGUAAAUCUAUGCUUAAUAUUACAAAUGAGCAAGUUAUAUCAAAAAAGCCUAAAAAUGAGGUUGUUACUUUAGAUAGUUCUUAUGAAACCACUAAUUCGAAAUAUCAGAAUCAUACACAAUUUUCUAAUGAUACUAUUAUUGAUAAGAAUAUUGAUAUGAAUAAAUGGACAAUGAUUUCUCAUCCAUUAAAUCUUUCAACUUCAUCAGUUAGUAGUGAUGAAAUCAUUCAUUAA